AUGCAAACACCUGGUGGGAGACACGACAACGACCUUGCAGAAAUCUCUCAAGUUCAGAUCCUUCCUACCUAUGGAGAGAUUGUCAGCGGCAAUUCAGAAUAUUUACCCUCUACCAACUUCCUUCAGCCGCACUUUCUCCCCGACCCUUUGCAAAGAUAUAUUGACUCAACAUUCCGACUCCUGCGCCAUGAUAUCUUCGGCUCAGCGAAAGAUGUCCUUCGAGAUCUGCUGCAGCAGAAUGAUUUGACCCGAUUUUCAUAUUUCUCAAGCAAAGAUAGCGGGGCACAUCUCUAUCUGGGAGCACAGGUCCUCCAAAUAUUUAUCAAUGAGAGAAAUGAGCUCGAAGCGACGGUGUCCUUUGCUUCUCCACCACAGGUCCGUAAAAAGACAUCCAACGAGCAAUGCAGAUGGUGGCAAAACUCGAAUCGACUAGAGGAAGGAAGCCUAGUGUGCUUCUUGACGUCUCAAGAAACUCACAGGAGGCUUAUUUUCCUCGAGGUCACUGUGAAGAAUGCUUCCAAGGAGCGAGCGCACCAGAACAAGAGUAGUCUUGUUUCUGAUAGGCUUCCACCUAGUAUUACGGUCAAGCUUGCGGCAUGCCUACAACAAGAACUGAUCCUCCUGUGCCGGCUUUACAGCAAGAAGCUCGCCGGUAUUCUGGUCGACUUCCAUGGCUUGAUCCCUGCCACGUUCGCCCCUAUCCUGAAAAACCUUCAGCGAAUCCAACUCGAAGGAGAGUUGGCAUUCCAAAAAUGGAUCUUGCCAGGCCGUAAGGAUGAUGAAGAUGGUCACAGCAUACCCCCACUGGCAUAUGUCAUACCAUCGUGCCCGGACUGUAAGCAGCCCAUUCGCCAGUUUGUGACGAAACGUUACAAUCGUGUUAUCAACCGUGCUGUUAUGGAUGAGACUUGUAAGCGGUUCCUUAUCAAGGGUCGCACAGACCUUGAAGGCCUUGAAUCGCGUCUGAAUGACAUUGAAGACAAGCUCAACUCUAAGCAAGCGUUGGUGGCGGUGGGGGACACUGAAUUACAGCUUAAAGCACGAUAUGCAGCCUGUGCACGCCUUGCGACGGAGGCUUUAGCUUUCAGCAAAGCCAUGGAGGCCGAGAAUCAGCCGAUGAAACGGCUCAUGGAUGCGAUUGCCAUCUAUCAGAAGUCACCAAGGGGCGAAGUAGCCUCCCUCUCAGCCCGAAUGGAGGCGAUGAACAUAGCGACACGAGAAUCCGACAACCAAAUCACCCUUGGCGCACGGUUAAUUUACAUCAAGUCUAAGGAAGUCAUGUUUAGCGAUGCCUUUAGAGUGAUAGAUUCCAGCGGAAAAACUGCAACACUACCACGGCUAAGCUUUGCCAAACCAUCAUCAACCUUGAUUCAAGUUCUGAAGGAUUGCCGAGACUUGAUAACUCAAGCCAAUGAAGGAAAUUUCUCCCGCAUCGUCAUCACGGCGACCAUCUCAUUCGCCAAGAUCGCCCAGCUGGACGCGUGGUACCACCGCUCUCAUCCAGGAGAAACAACAACCGAUCUACAUCUCAAAGGAAAAUCUGGUCUAGAAAAGCUCGAAGAUCGCUUUCAAACCACCCGCGAUCUCCUCGCCGCUGCGUUAAAACUAUGCAACGAACUGGGGAACUGUCCUGAGCUCCAACAAAAGGUCCAGGAGAUGGUCCGUCUCUAUGAGGGAACGCGAUACGAAACAGUCACUUUAGAAGAACUUCAAUCAAUCAAGACGGCCAUGGUUAAUGGGCGAGGAGGAAUUGCGACUCACUCUGGGCAUUGGUACAAUUGCGUCAACGGACAUCCGUUUGCUAUUGGAGAGUGCGGUAUGCCGAUGGAGCAAGCUAGAUGCCCUGAAUGUGGAGCACCCAUUGGAGGUCAAAAUCACACAGCCGUUGAAGGCGUUUCUCGAGCGCGGGAAAUGGAGUAG